AUGGACAUCACCGUCAUCAACCGCGAGCGUUGGGCCGAGCCCGAGUGCGACUGGGGCGUGCGAAGCCUGCCGCGAGACCAGGCGUACCACCCCACAGACACGCAGCCGCGGGUCGGCCGGCAAAAGACGCUCGAGUUUGCACGGUACAUCUUGCCCGAGUUUGGCGACGCCGAGGUGGAGAGCAGUAAGUUGUGCUGGGACGUCGAAACACACGACGAUCACUGGAUCAUAGAUUAUCAUGAAUCCGCGCCAGAUUCGUUGUUCAUCGCGACGGGUGGCAGUGGUUAUUCAUUCAAGAACCUUACCAAUGUUGGCAAGUACGUCGUGCAGGCGCUGGAGGGAACGUUGGAUACCAAAUGGAAGGAUUACUGGCGUUGGCGGCCAGAUCGUGUUGGCCAGUUUCCGGAGAGGGAGCAGAGGAAUGCGCGAUUCAAGUGUGACUUGCGGGACUGUGAGGGAUGGAAGCACACUGCCACACAGCUGUGA